AUGUUGCCCAAAUCCUUGCAAAGCAGCUACACUCGCUACAAGGAUGACACCAACAGCUUCGCAACUUGGCUCCUUAACGCAGCCGACAAAUGUGGCUACCAACCGCCCGGCCUCACUUCUACCGCAAAUCCUUCAGAUUCACUUCAAUACAAAAUCACUGUUAAGGAUCUUCAAUUGCUGGCUGAUGUUGUGGCCGAGUCUGCUCUCACUGUGCCUAAACCAGUUAUCAUCAUCGUCAAACGAGCGAUCAAAUUGAGGAAACACGUCACUUCUUGGUUUCUGGGGCAAGGUGACUCCGAGGAUAACAAGCGACACGCACAUUUUAUCUCUGCGCUGGAGAAAGUCUGUGAGACCCUGGAAUCGAAGAUGAACAACCCUUUCAACAGAGAUAACGAACAAUCUCCAAUCCCUGAGGCUGGAGGUGGCGACACCAACCUCGACAUGUUUGUCAACAAAUUUUCUGUACUCGCCGUUGAGGAACCACAAGAGCCUCAACAGGGACAGCGGAAAUCCCCCGAAUUGAAGAAUGUUGUGAAGGCGGAGCUGGUUGACAAUGACGAGGAUGAGGCAACGGACUCACAGUGCCGCGUCAUAUUAUUCAAGGCAUACUGCUUGUUCCAGGAUUUGUACAAAAUGCGGGCUUUUAUCUCUCAUACCUGGUCAGAAUACCGAGACAAGAAGAUCGACCUUAUGAACGCUGCCGUUGUGACCGAUAGUGCUUUGCAACUUGCACGAGAUCUUGUGCAGGAGGUGAUUGAUGACUGGAGUGCUUCCGCCCCUUCAUAUGUUGAUGGUCUUCAGAAGCUGGUCUUUAAUCUCGCUUGUCACAACAGUGGAAUCGAUGUGACCCCAUCUUCUGAAACCGGUCUGCCAUACGGCAAAGAAAUUUCCGAUGUAGCCUACUGGUACUACUUGCCAACACGGACCAUACUGGAAUCGUUCAUAGGUGUGCUGCAGGAUAACCAUAUACCAGUCUUCAAGAAAGGUUGUUCUGGUACUUACGAUCCCAAGGCGAACAGAGAGGGAAUGUCCGUGGGCCAGAAAUUCAACGAAGACUACCUCAUCCUUCUCCAGCUACUGCCGGAGUUCUUUCUGAUUCAUAUGUCUGGUAUUCAUAUGCUUGCCCGGGAUGCAAUUACUGCAGGUCUUGUUGAGCUUUUCAAGACGAAAAAGGUUACUCCAUGGCUUUGUUUCGCUUCUCAGGUCCUCCUUGAUGUUCACCACAUCAUGCGUUACAGCACUUUGGGUGCAUUUGGAGACCUUCGGGUGUCUGGGCUGCGUAUUCAGAAAACCAUUGAUGAGUACUUGCAGGUUUCCAAACCGCACCCGCCGCUCAGAUUUUGGCCUAAGGAGGGUGAUGAAGAAAUCAAAGCUAUACACUUAGCCGUGGUUUCAUGGAUCAUCCGGGAUCCAUUAUCAGAACUGAGACGAAAAGGUAUCUCGAAGCCAGGCGAUAUUGAACCAGAAAAACAUGUGCUUUUCUCCCAGCAUGCCAUUCUCUGCGGCUUAGUCUUGUUUCAUGUCAAUACCCGGAUGCAGUCUAUUGGCCAACAGCUUGUGAGUCAAUGGUAUGAUGUUCUGCAACUGGCUUUCUUGUACAAUCUUGCGAAGACCGAAUCGCAUAAGGACUUGAGCUGGCCUGAUAUGGAGGCUUUCGUUAAGAUUCAUGGCGAGUCUCAUAUAUUCAUUGGUUCUCGUCCAAAGAAUGUUACCGAGUCUUUGAAUAGGCUUGAAUUGGCCACAGGCAUCUCUUCCGUUGCCAGGUUUGCCAGGAAUUCCCGCAACAGAGAAUAUCUUCAUCGCUCUGACAAAAAGAAACCCAGAGUACUGACGCCAACAACGACGGUCGCGAACUUGUUCCGGGACCAAUACGUCGCUGGCGUUGACGGCAUUAGAAACAUUGGCACUGUUCUGGAUAUACUUUCGCAGGAACCGAGUCUCAAGGUGACCAGCAAGGAGCUUCAGUCCUCCAAUCCGGACAUCAUGUUUCAACAGAAGUGGUCCCAUACCCGCAACUUCGGCACCCUGCAACUUCUCAUGCUUCUGAAAAGGAAGUUGUUCGAAGAGGAGCCUUUACUCUUGUUCAACUACUUCGGCAUGCACAAGCGCUCCCUGGAGCUGCUGAGUCUGAUCAAAGCGAAAGAGCACCGCAAUUUUGACCAAUUUGUGCCGACUAGCUGUAUGCCCGAUGAAUAUCACACCGGAAUCAUUGGGCUUCUAGUCCAUCACAUUGCGCGAGGCUCAGCACAAGAUGCGCGUGCAAUGGGACUUUCUGUCAAGACUGGCACUCAGAUUCACAGUCAAAUUGUCAAGAACUGUGGCGAUAUCAUGCAGGAGUAUCUGCAGAAGAAUGGAGAUGUGGCAUGCAAGGAGCUGAGGGUUUUCUGCAAGAACAAAAAGCCAAUCCAGGAUGAGAUUGAUUCUGAUAAGGGCAUGUCUGACGAGUUUCGCUAUUGGUUUGACAUUGAAGAGGUUUUGGAGCCAAAGGUUCUCGCCUCGCUCAUGACUGGGAUCCCAAUAGCUUAG